AUGGAAGAAGAAAAAAGGGCUGCUGAGUUACAGAAAAAUAUGACACAGGACUCCGUGGUCUUUGAGGAUGUGGCUGUGGACUUCACCCAGGAGGAAUGGGCUCUGCUGGAUCUGGCUCAGAGGAGCCUCUACAGAGAUGUGAUGCUGGAAAACUUUCAGAACCUGGCCUCACUAGGGUAUCCACUACACACACCAUAUCUGAUCUCCCAGUGGAAACAAGAGGAGGACCUGGAGACAGUGGAAGGAGGACCUGUCCAGGGGGAGCACCAGGAAGGUUUUGAGAUUCAGCCUAAAACCAGUCAAUCAGUAGCUCCACAAGAUAUUUAUGGACAGGAAAUAUCCAAUGAACAGAAAAUAGUGAGAUUCAAAAGGAAUGAUUCUCGCUCAUCCAUUUUACCCAAAAACUGGGAAUACCAGGGUGUUUGUUAUCAGAACAAAAACCAUGAGAGACAUUUGAGAAGUCCAGUUGUGGAGAACAUCUAUGAAUGCAAUGAAGAGAAUCGGUGUGGACAAGCCUUGGGCCAAAUUUCACAUCUGAAUGUACUCAAGAGAACUACUGAAGUAAAGUCCUAUGAAUGCCAUGAGUGUAAAAAGGCCUUCACGGAUCAUUUGUCCCUUAAGAAUCACAUCAGGUCUCACACUGGAAGCAAACCCUAUCAGUGUAAAGAAUGUGGGAAAGCUUUCCAUUUUCUUGCUUGUUUUAAGAAGCAUGUGACAAAUCCCACCGAAGGGAAACCCUAUGAAUGUAAAGACUGUACAAAAGCCUUCAGUUGUUCGUCCUUCUUUAGGGCACAUAUGAAGAUUCACACUGGAAAGAUGAACUUCGAAUGUAAGGAAUGUGGAAAAACCUUUAGCUGUUCUUCGUCCCUGACGGAACACAAAAGGAUUCACAGUGGAGAUAAGCCUUAUGAAUGUAGGGAAUGUGGGAAGGCGUUUAGUUGUUCCUCCUCACUCUCCAAACAUAAAAGAAUUCACAGCGGAGACAAGCCAUAUGAAUGUAAGGACUGUGGGAAAGCCUUUAGUUCUUCCUCUCACCUCAUAAUACAUAUACGAAUUCACACUGGAGAGAAGCCUUACGAGUGUAAAGAGUGUGGGAAGGCCUUCAGCGAAUCCUCAAAACUCACUGUCCAUGUCAGAACACACACAGGCGAGAAACCCUAUAAAUCCUUCUAUCUUCCCACUUCCCUUAAUACACACGUGAAAAAUCAAAGUAGGGAGAAACCCUAUGAAUGUAAGGAAUGUGGAAAAGCCUUUAGUUGUCCCUCAUCCUUCAGAGCACACGUGAGAGAUCACACUGGGAAGAUACAAUAUGAAUGUAAGGAAUGUGGGAAGGCCUUCAGCCGUUCCUCGUCCCUCACCGAACACUUGAGAACUCACACUGGAGAGAAGCCUUACGAGUGUAAAGAAUGUGGGAAAGCAUUUAUUAGUUCUUCCCACCUGACAGUUCAUAUACGAACUCACACUGGAGAGAAACCUUAUGAAUGUAAGAAAUGUGGCAAAGCCUUUAUUUACCCCUCAGCUCUGAGGAUCCACAUGAGAACACAUACUGGGGAGAAACCGUAUGAAUGUAAGGAAUGUGGGAAAGCCUUUCGCCAUUCUUCGUACCUUACUGUCCAUGCAAGGAUGCACACGGGGGAGAAACCCUUCGAAUGUCUGGAAUGUGGGAAGGCCUUCAGUUGUCCCUCAUCCUUUCGAAGACAUGACAGCCCCUCUGGCACGUCAGCUGGCUCUAUAGAGGGGCCCGAGUUCAGAGCAGGAUUGUUAAUCUGUGUCGUGCAAGCCCAUCACGUCAUUUUGCUGCAGGGCACAGACAUCUCUGCAAGUCCUCUGGCAUCUCGGGCAAGAAGGGCUGUGGACAUAAAGCAAAAAUACACUAAUAUGCGCGACAUGUGCUAA